CUCCAUAAGAACCCGUCAAUAUAUAUCUUCAUCCCACAUAAGAAGAUAAUCUCGUAAUACAUAAAAGAAAAUCAUGUUCAUUUCACACUGGAUAGUUGCUUUUGUUUGCUUUCUUUUGUUCUUCAUCUUCCUCUACAAACAGUUCUAUGAUGCAGCUUCAAGUUCAACAACCCGAAAGAAGCUACCGCCUUCUCCUUCAAGGUUUCCCGUGAUCGGAAAUCUGAAUCAAUUGGGAUUACACCCCCACCGCUCUCUCCAAUCACUGUCUAAACGUUAUGGUCCACUUAUGUUACUUCAUCUGGGCAGCGUGCCGGUGUUGGUUGUCUCCUCUGCCGAUGCAGCACGCAAGGUCAUGAAAGAUCAUGAUUUGAUUUUCUCAAACAGGCCAAAAUCAAGCAUCGCUGAAAGACUGAUUUAUGGUUCUAAGGAUGUAGCGUUUGCUCCUUAUGGCGAAUUCUGGAGGCAAGUGAGAAGCAUAUGUGUGCUACAGCUUUUGAGUAACAAGCGGGUUCAAUCUUUUCGGCGCAUAAGAGAAGAAGAAACAUCCCUUAUGGUCGAGAAAAUUAGCCAGUUGUGUUCUUCAUCUUCGUCAAUAAACUUGAGCGAUAUUUUUAUGUCGCUUACAAAUGAUAUAGUGUGCAGGGCAGCAUUGGGGAGGAAAUAUGGUGUGGGAGAAGAAGGGAAAAAAUUCAAGUCAUUGUUGAGGGAUUUUGUGGGCUUACUGGGUACUUUCUGUGUAGGGGAUUACAUUCCAUGGCUUGCCUGGAUUAGUAAAUUCAACGGUUUGAAUGCCAAAGUGGAAAAAGUGGCUAAAGUGUUUGAUGAAUUUUUGGAGGGGGUAGUUGAAGAACACAGGGAUAGAAAGAAAGGAGAGAGAAAGCAUGAUGGCAAUACUGAUGAAACUGGACCAGAUUUUGUGGACAUAUUGCUUGAAGUUCAGAGCGAAAACGGGGAUGGUUUUCAACUGGAAACUGAUGUGAUCAAAGCUCUCAUCCUCGAUGUAUUCACUGCUGGAACCGAUACAACAUCCUCUGUGUUGGAAUGGACAAUGGCAGAGCUUUUAAGGCAUCCAGCAAUCUUGGAAAGAUUGCAAAAUGAGGUUAGACAAGUAGCUGGAAGGAAGUUGGAGAUAACCGAAUAUGAUUUGGAGAAAAUGCAGUAUUUGAGAGCAGUGAUUAAAGAGUCUCUACGUCUUCAUACUCCUAUUCCGUUGUUGGUUCCUCGAGAAUCUACCCAAUCCGUUAAACUCAUGGGCUAUGACAUUGCCGCAGGCACACAAGUGAUUGUCAAUGCUCGGGCAAUUGGAAGAGACCCAUCAUCGUGGGAAAACCCCGAAGAAUAUCGUCCAGAAAGGUUCUUUGAAACAGAGAUAGACUUCAAAGGGCUUAACUUUGAGUUGAUUCCAUUUGGUUCUGGUCGGAGAGGUUGUCCCGGUACUACAUUUGCCAUAGUUGUUAAUGAGCUUGCAUUGGCAAAACUGGUGCACAAAUUCAACUUUGCAUUGCCAAAUGGAGGAAAAGAGAGUAAUGUGGACAUGACUGAAGGCACUGGAAUCACCAUUCAUAAAAAGUUUCCUCUGCUAGCGAUUGCCACUCCACACUCUUGUUAGCGUCUACUCUAUUCUGUUAUGUGCAGAAUCGUCCCUUUCAGUGCGGUCCUUACUAGUUUUGAAGUUUUCUUUCUAGCUGCUGCCAAGAAGUAGAAUAAUUGCAGGAGAUCAAGUGAAUCUAGUUUAUGAUUAUGAAAUCACUUGUCCAUAUGGCAAAUUUAUAAAUGGUUCGCAAAGAGAGAUAAUAAUAGAACUAAUAGUGAAUCUUAUGAAAUGUGUUAAUAAUAAAUGAGUAGUAAUCAUAAAUUGGUUAGCCAAGUAAA